ACCCAAUAAACUGACAUGUCUGAAGAAAGGGACAAAAGAGAGGCCACACCAUAUCUUCAUUUUCUCCCAUAAUUACUUCUUCCACCCCCUACAACACCAUGUUCUUCAAUUUAACCUCUUAUUCUUCUUUAAGCCAUUGCAUUUAAUGCACAUUCAUUUCCCUUGUUAGUACAAAUACUUCUUCUGCUGCUACCAUAUCAUCACUUCAUAUUUUCCAUAUCCCACAACAAAAGUUUGAUUAGCUCAAAAUUUUAGAAGAAUCUUUGUCUUAACAUGUCAUCAAGCUCAUACAUUCUUCUUUUGUUUCUUUGCAUCAUUUCCUUGCAUGCAUGCAAUGCUCGGAGACAUCCUAGUUCUGAUCUAGAUAAGAAGAUGGAGAAGAAACCUCACUUCUCUCUCAAGAUUAAUGUUGAGAAGAAUGCAUUUGAUUCCUCAAGGAAGAAGCUUAGUGAAGGUGAUAACAAGAUGAAGGCUGAAUUUGUGGCUGACUCGGAGAAGUCGAAACACCAAAGAAGUACUAACCAAAAAGUGUUGAAAGAUAUGAGAAAAGUUUCAGCUGAAUUGCAAACUAAAUCUCAUGUUUCAGUUUCAUCAUUGCGUGUACCUCACAAUAAGAAGAAGCAUAGUGAGAAACAUCCUGGUUUUAAUUUGGAUUAUUCACCACCUAAGACACAUCCUCCUUCUCACAACUAAGUAACAAUGUUAUGAACCCUAGCUAGGUUUAAAAUUAUAUGUUGAAAUGAAA